AUGCGCAGCGCGGCGGGGGCGGCGGUGUCGGUGCCGCCCCUCCUCCGAGAGGAUCCGGCGCACCCAGGGGGGGUCGUCUGGCGAACCAACCUUGCCGCGAUGGCGGGGGUGUGGGGGGAGUGGUUUACGGGCCUUGAUCGCGCCUUUGUGGGGCUGCCAGUGGUCAAAAUGCUCUGCUUGGCGAGCGCGGAGCGGCUGGAUACCGAGCUGAUGGUCGCCCAGAUGCAGGGGAAGUUUCAGCUUGAGGUGAUUGGGAAUGGGUGCGGGCAUUACGUCAUGGACGACGCCCCGGCGGAGCUCGGGAGUAAGAUUCGACGCUUCGUGAGCCGCAUCCUGACGCUCUCGGAGAGGCUCAACACGAGGGUGCAGCCGCGGAUGUCGGUGAACGUCAACGACCUCGUGGCAAAGCCCAGCCCGUGA